CCCCACUCCCUCCCUCUCUCUCCCUCUCCACCACCAUAUUUGCACCAUAAAUCUCCAAAAGCCCUGCCAUGGGCAUGGUGGACAUGUCUAACAACAGCAAUAAUCCUCCCACUUCUCGUACCAAAGACUUCUUCGCCUCUCCCGCUCUCUCCCUCAGCCUCGCUGGGAUAUUUCGCGAUGCGAGAGCCAACGAGGCUGUGCCAGCGAGUUCUGAGGUGGAGGAAGGAGAGGAGGGAAGCGGCGGUGGAAGAAGAGAUAUUGAUCAGACGGUGGAUAUUAGUAGUGAGAACUCGGGGCCGGUGAGAUCGAGAUCGUUGGAUGAGGAUUUUGAUAACGAAUUACUUGGAGAGCAUGAUAUUCUUGAUGAUUUCGAUGAAGACGACGACGGAGACAAGAAUAAGAGAAAGAAGAAGAGAAAGAAAUACCACCGACAUACUUCUGAGCAAAUCAGAGAAAUGGAAGCGCUAUUCAAAGAGUCACCACACCCAGAUGAGAAACAAAGGCAGCAAUUGAGCAAGCAAUUAGGCCUGGCUCCUCGCCAGGUCAAGUUUUGGUUUCAAAAUCGUCGAACCCAAAUCAAGGCUAUACAAGAACGGCAUGAGAAUUCCUUGUUAAAGAAUGAAAUUGAGAAACUGAGAGAGGAAAAUAAAGCCAUGAGAGAAACCAUAAACAAAGCUUGUUGCCUCAACUGUGGGAUACCUACUACUAGCACCAGCAGAGACACAUCCAUAACAACUGAAGAACAACAAUUACGCAUCGAAAACGCCAAGCUCAAAGCCGAGGUUGAGAGGCUUCGAACAGCGAUAGGAAAAUAUUCUCCGGGAGCGACGGCUUCAUGUUCUGCAAGCGAGCAAGAAAGCAGAAGCUCAUUAGAUUUCUACACUGGAAUUUUUGGGCUUGAGAAGUCGAGAAUUAUGGAGAUUGUGAAUCAAGCAUUGGAAGAGCUCAGAAAGAUGGCCACAGCAGGAGAGCCACUGUGGAUUCGAAGCCUUGAGACUGGUCGCGAAAUACUUAAUUAUGAUGAGUAUGUCAAAGAGUUCAAGGUUGAACAUUCAAGCAAUGAGAUGCCCAGGCGAUCUAUCGAAGCGUCCAGAGAGACUGGAGUUGCGUUUGUUGAUCUGCCAAAACUAGUGCAAAGCUUUAUGGAUGUGAAUCAAUGGAAGGAAAUGUUUCCAUGCAUAAUAUCGAAAGCCGCCACGGUCGACCUUAUCAGCAAUGGUGAAGGUGCUACUAAGAAUGGUGCUGUGCAGUUGAUGUUUGCAGAGCUACAGACACUGACGCCAAUGGUGCCCACAAGAGAAGUGUAUUUUGUCAGAUAUUGCAAGCAAUUGAGUGCUGAACAAUGGGCAAUCGUUGAUGUCUCUGUAGACAAGGUUGAAGACAAUAUCGAUGCUUCACUCCUAAAAUGCAGAAAACGUCCUUCCGGUUGCGUUAUUGAGGACAAAUCAAACGGUCACUGCAAGGUGAUUUGGGUGGAGCACGUAGAAUGCCAGAAGAGCCCAGUUCAUACCUUGUAUCGCACCGUCGUUAACAGCGGUCUGGCCUUUGGGGCAAGGCAUUGGAUUGCUACAUUACAGCUCCAGUGCGAAAGGCUUGUAUUCUUUAUGGCAACCAAUGUUCCUACCAAGGAUUCAAGUGGAGUUGCAACACUGGCUGGAAGGAAGAGCAUUUUGAAGUUGGCACAGAGAAUGACAUGGAGCUUUUGCCAUGCUAUCGGGGCGUCGAGCUACCAUUCGUGGAACAAGGUCACAAGUAAAACAGGGGAAGACAUACGGAUUUCUUCCAGGAAGAACUUGAACGAUCCCGGUGAACCUCUCGGGGUGAUCUUGUGUGCAGUCUCAUCUUUAUGGCUGCCUGUCUCUCCUCAUGUUCUAUUCGAUUUCUUACGAGACAAAGCUCAUAGACACGAGUGGGAUAUCAUGUCAAGUGGAGGUCCAGCACAAACCAUAGCAAACUUAGCCAAAGGACAGGAUCGCGGCAAUACAGUAACCAUUCAAGCAAUGAACGCAAAUGAGAAUAGCAUGUGGAUACUCCAAGAUGGCUGCACAAAUGCAUAUGAAUCCAUGGUGGUUUAUGCUCCAGUGGACAUUACAGGCAUGCAGUCUGUGAUUACUGGAUGCGACUCAAGCAAUGUAGCAGUGUUACCUUCAGGGUUCUCAAUUCUAUCAGAUGGGAUUGAGUCAAGGCCUCUGGUGAUCACAUCUAGGCAAGAAGAGAAGAGUACAGAAGGAGGAUCUCUGCUUACAAUAGCAUUUCAAGUCCUAACUAAUGCAUCUCCAACCGCCAAACUGACCAUGGAAUCUGUGGAGUCUGUUAACACACUAAUAUCAUGCACGUUGCGAAAUAUUAAGACAAGCUUGCAGUGUGAAGAUAGUUGAUUGUCAUAGCUUUAUUAAUUAGGUAACAUUAAUUGAUUGUAAAAUUCAUAGGUUUUCUGUUUUACUCCCUCCGAUUUUAUUUGAAGUAGACGAGGGUUUUUAAAGUAGGUUUGUUUUAUUAUUUUUCAAUUGGGAUAGACAAUAUGGAGUGGCAUAUAUGUUUGUAGCAGGAAUUUGCGAGAGGUAAUCUACAAAUCUAAGAAAUGAUAUAUUCAAAUGCAGAAUUACAAUUGAUCAGUUUCCUUU